UUUUGACAGCCUGGCCGGUAGCCGCCUGGUUAAAAAUAGCGCACAGGAACGACGCCACCAUUGAGGCAGCGCUGUGGCGGGUAAUCAGCUGCACGUCUUCUGCAGUGUUUUAUCCUCAGCCGUGAGAGGUUUGAGUGCUCGAUAGGCGGGCUGUGUGCUGACCGAGCAGAGCAGCAUGGAUCCACGGAAAGUGUCCGAGCUGAAGGCCUUCGUGCAGAUGUGCGAGUCCAACCCGGGCGUGCUGCACCUCCCCGAGAUGGGCUUCUUCAGGAGCUGGCUGCAUGGCAUGGGUGCAACAAUUCCUCCACCAGCCCAGACAGGGGGCUCAUGCAAGGGUGGCUGUCCUUGUGGCCCUUCUCCUACCUCUGCUGCGCCUCCUGAGCCUGCGGUUCCAUCUGAGAGCGAGGAGAGUGAAAUAGAAAUCGACAAUGACGGAGUGAUCGAGCCAGACACAGAUGAACCUCAGGAGAUGGGAGAUUAUGAAAAUCUGGAGGUCACAGAGGAGAUGAUGGAACAGGCCAAUGAGAAGAAGAUGGAGGCCAUUAACGCUCUGGGAGAAGGCGAGCUGCAGAAAGCCUUGGAUCUCUUCACCGAAGCCAUCAAGCUCAACCCCCGCGUAGCCAUCCUGUAUGCAAAGAGGGCAAGCGUCUACAUCCGGAUGCAGAAGCCCAAUGCAGCCAAGAGGGACUGUGACAGAGCGAUCAGCAUCAACCCAGACUCUGCACAGCCGUACAAGUGGAGGGGGAAAGCUCACAGGCUGCUGGGACACUGGGAGGAGGCAGCCAAGGACCUGGCCACAGCCUGUAAGCUGGACUAUGACGAAGAUGCCAGCACCAUGCUGAAGGAGGUCCAGCCUAAGGCUAACAAAAUCAUCGAGCACAGACGCAAGUACGAGCGCAAGAAGGAGGAGAGGGAGAUCAGGGAGAAGAAAGAGAGGAUAAAGAAAGCCAGGGAGGAACACGAGCGGGCUCAGAGGGAGGAGGAGGCCAGACAAGCGGCUGGAGGAGCUGGCGGCUUCCCAGGUUUCCCAGGUGGCGCUGGCUUCCCAGGCGGAGGUGCUUUCGGCAUGCCCGGUAUCGGGGAGCUCCUGAAGGACCCCGAGGUGCUUAAUGCCAUGAAGGACCCCGAGGUGAUGGCCGCCUUCCAGGACGUGGCGCAGAACCCCGCCAACAUCGCCAAGUACCAGAGCAACCCCAAGAUCAUGGCCCUCAUCUCCAAGCUGAGCUCCAAAUUCGGAGCCCCGCCGCAGCCAUAGAGACGAGGACGAGGGAACGGAUACGUGGUCUGAGCAAUUAGGAGAGCCACAGUACUUCUAAAACAAUUAAUCCACUGUGUACGAAUCAAACGGGGGGCGGGUGAUGGGGUCAUGGGCAUGAGAGGAUGAUGUGAGACGGCUCUAAGGAAAGGCUUGCUCUAACUUUUUUUUUUUUUUUUUUUCCCCCUAGAGUAGAGAAUGCCGGGUAACAGCCACUUGUAAAUGCUCUCAAUCGGGGUCCAGCCUGUUAGCACUUAGCAAUCUCGACUUAAAGCGACUUGAUAGCUAAUUACGGGGAGUCCUGGCACCCCAUUGACUCGUCAAACGUAUCCUCUCGCCUGGGGCUUGGCUUAACCACAGGUUGAUGCAUUUUUUUUUUUUU